GCCGGGGGUGACUAUGACAAUUCGGGUCGAUGUGCCCGGGUCCCGGUACCGUAGCCCUGGACGCUUCGUAGGGGGGUGCCAUUUGCUGGAGCAGCGAAACAUAUUCUCUCUGCAGAAGCAAGCUGCGACAUACCAAGGUAGCUGGUCUGGAAGGGCCAGUCACCGACGUCGUAGAAGGGAAGGGAAUGAUGCUGCUUACGGCCUGGACUUGGACGCGGUGCCCUGACCUAUCACAGAACAUCAAUGAUGCGCCUCAGCUGAGGCUCUACUCUAAUCAAAGUACCCAUGAGCUAAUUAUGGAUGCUGUUCUAGGAUAAAGGCCCUCGUGGCUCUCGGAAUUCUGUGUUCUGAUGUCAGAAGUGUAUCACGUCUCCCCUCCCUGUUCUCGGGACAUGAAGCAGUGUGUUUCCGUUAUUCUUUUAUGCGUCUUUCCGAAAAAGUCUUUUAGGGCUACGAUAGAUCUUGCUCACCUUCACCCUGACUGGAAAGUCACAGGCAGGCAGCCCCCAGGGGGAGAAAGCCAAUCAGGCUGUAUUUUUCUACAACAAACCUUGGGACCCGGCCUCAACCGAACCCCUGCCGAUCGAUAUACUUCCUGCAGUACACCGCUGUCACAAGUGAUUCUGAACGAACGGGCCGGCUCAACAGUUUGAGUCUUGAGUCACGAGAAUCUCUAGCUACCAGAUGGGCAGUCUUGAGCUGCAUAUCGCACGAUGUCCGACUCUGCAUCACGUUCACAGCGCUCCGAGAGAACCCCUACCUCGUGCGGAGAAUGCAGGAGGCGGAAACAAAGAUGCAACCAAGCACAGCCAUGUGGGAAUUGUGCACGGAGGUACCCACCACCUGUCUGUGAAUACAAGACACAAAAUCAGAGGAACGGCGAUGGAACGCGGCCGUCAUGCCAGACCUUAGUAUCGAGCCCUACUCUCGUGCCACCUCCAUUCUCUGGCGAUGAGAAUGUUGCCCUAGAUGGUGUUGACCAGCCUCUCUUACCGCCGAGAACGGCCUUUUCCGUACACCACAAGCCCUGGUCUCCUGCCACACAAAGCCCGGUUUACUGGCCCAGCGUGGGAUUCAACACACAAUAUCAGCUUCAAGCCCCGGUAAGUUUGAACAGUCCAAGACAGGCCAUCUGGGAGACCGUAUCCCCGGAGGCCGGGGCCCAGUUGGCAGCCACCGUGUGUAGCUUCGACUGUGAGGUCCACACUGAAGCCUAUCACGAUGCUCUGGUGCUGUUGAAAAGAAGGAACCACUUGCCCUCUCAGUUCAUACACGGAUGGCAGUCCACCAGGACGGAUGAGAUCAUGUCUUGGUUCGUACAGCAAGACCACGCCUCGUCCUCAUCAUUGCUUGUCUAUGCAGAUGGUCAGGUGCAUCAGCCCGCUAUACCAACGAGACAGGACGGGGAGAUGCUGCGUGUCUUUGUCAACCUCAUUUCUCGCUUCAAAGCAUCCCUUGACGGCGAACCUGACCCGGCGUCGAACCCGUACACAAAAUACUACGUCCCCUUCUGUCUGCACAACCCGAUGCUUGCCCAGAUCGCCAUCUACACGGCCGCAUGCUUCCUCAACUAUACUUGUCCCAGUGUGGUCGAUGACACGACGGCGAUGACACGCAAGGGCGACGCCAUCUGCAUGCUCGAGACGCAUCUUCGCACCACGGGCCCUACGACAGAUGAGGCCAUCGCGGGUGUGAUGCAGCUGAUACUGAACGAGUGGUACUGGGGUGGUAAGAAGGAGCUCGAGGCCCACCUCGGCGGGCUUCGCGAGAUGGUUAGAUCAAGGGGUGGCCUUGCGAACUUGGGCCUCGGAGGUUUGCUGGCCAAGUUGAUAAUCAUGACUGACAUAACAAUUGCACUGUCUCUCGAGAUCGAACCACAUCUGCAAGGGGAAUUGCCUUUCGAGUCUCGCGAGACUACAAGCAUCCCGUUCCGUGUCUUCCUUAAUACUCCUCUCGUCUCACCUCUUGUUGCUUUCAAGACGUGCGCGGAGCCGCUGAAGCUGCACGAUGCCACCGCCCAGAUCCUGGAUGACAUGAGAUUCCUCAUCGGCCUCGUCCUAUCCCUGCCCACGGAUUGCUCCCAGAAGGACCUGAAAAAGUUACAAACGACCUCGACCUGGAUCUAUGACCGCAUCUCAGAUCUGCCGGAAGAAGCCGGGGCAGUACCGCAACACAGAGGCUCUGACGGACUUGCACCAAGCGCCACAGCAGCGUUCGGAUUACACCAGACAGUCGGUCGGGCGUCGUCAGCAGCGAGUCUGCGGGUAGUACCCGAGCAGCGUCAUGGGCCUGGUUUCCCGCACGGCCAAGAGCAGCGGUCUCCCCUACAUCAUAAGGUCCUCAUCCAGCCAAGUGUGGUAGCAGAUCAUGACGCUGCCCGCGCGCCGCAGCCGGUAUCGCCUGGUCUAGAAGACACAGCGGCAGUCCCGGCAAUCACCCCGGAUGUAGUAUACAAGGUCGUCCGCCAGGCAGCCCUGAUCUACGCACGUGCGAUCAUGCUGCGCAGACCGCUGCGGGACCCGAGGGUCUGUAGCCCCGAGGACUUCCUCAAGCUGUGGACGACGAUGUGGCGUGUCCCGCUCCGGACGUGGAAGGGGCUGCUCGGGGUCUUUGUGUGGGUCGUGCUGUGCGUCACGCCCGCGUCGAGAGGCACGCCGCACGAGCAGUUCGUUGGCAACUGUCUCGAGGUCGGGCUGGUACAGAUGGGCCUCGAGAGCUGGGAGGUUGCGGAGAAGGGGAUGUCCGGAGCGCUGCGGCUGACGAGGUGGCUGGCUUGUCGCCAGGGGCUCUUGGAUGGUGAUGGUGAUGGGAAUGUGGGGUAGAGCGUUCGAUAAUGUCGACUUCAAUGUUUUCAAUCUAGAGGUGAUAAGACAUCCAUGGAUGUCUUUGGGGAACAGGUGGUUGUGACGUCUCGUGGACAUCUCGUGACUAUUGUUGUACAAUACUGUUUACUACCAGUUGAGACUAUUUACUGGUGAUUCUCACCAGACAAUUGACUUCUUCAUGCUUC